CUUACAGCUGUCAUCUUUCUGGACCAAUCAGAACAAAGCAUUCCAGGCUUACAUACUUCUGGGAACGCCCCUUCUUCCCUCUCUCUUGCUCUCUGUCGAACUUCCGAGCGUGACCAACGUUUCGUGUCUGUUCAGACUUAAAAAUGCGUUACGUGGCCGCUUACCUGCUGGCCGUGCUGGGUGGGAACAGCAGCCCCUCGGCCAAGGACAUCAAGGCCAUCUUAGGCAGCGUAGGGAUCGAGGCGGAUGAUGAACGACUAAACAAGGUCAUUAGUGAGCUGCAAGGGAAAAACAUCAACGAAGUGAUGAACUCAGGCCUGGCUAAGUUAGCCUCCGUACCAGCAGGUGGCACUGUGGCUGCUCCUGCACCAGGUGGGGCUGUGACUGCCAGUGUGGCGGCUGCACCCGCUGCUGCGGAAGAGAAAAAGGAGGUGAAGAAAGAAGAAUCUGAAGAGUCCGAUGAAGACAUGGGCUUUGGACUCUUUGAUUAAUCUGCCUUUCUUUCGAAAAAGCAAUAAAAAUGUAAAAGGUUGACA